AUGGCAGGCAUUUCUAGUCUAUUAUCACGAGAUGAAGAUUUGUCAGAUUCAGUGUCCUCGAGUGUCAAGAGAUCAGAAUUGGAAUCAAGUGAUUCAGAUUCCCAGUCCGAACUUUUCGACGAAGAUAUGACUCACAAAAAAAAGGACGAGAUCGUGGCAUGCGACAAGGUUAAAGGAGCGUCAAGCGUCAAGGGAAUCAGGCGAUAUUUGCGCGGAAUUAUAUCGCGAAGGGUGACCAAUAAUGUGAACGUACCAGCGUCAUCUUCAUCUGAUGUAAAAUAUUGUGAGUGGUCCAUGAAAAAUUUUAAUCCGCUUGUUAUUUCGCGUAUAGAACCGUCAUAUCUACCGAUUGAUGCAGAUUCAUUUACCGAUAAAUUUGAUUACUUUAAGCUCAGUAUUGAUGACGAAUUAAUGAAGUUAAUAGUAUUGAAAACUAAUCAAUCUUUCUUAGCAUAA